GAUCAAUUUCGGCAUUUCUUCUGGACAUCAUCCACCACGGCCAACUUGGUCGCUAUGCGCUCUCUUCUACCACUCUCUCUUUUCCUAACCGUCCUUGACGUGCUACACACUGUCCGCGCUGUGGUUCCCUUCGAGGUUAUCACCAGCAACAAUCCACCAGCUCAUCGACUCGGUCGUCGCGCCGUCCCCAUAUCAAACAAUGGCAAUGCAGCCUAUAUGGCUAAUAUAACACUGGGAGGAGUGGGUGUCUCUGUCAUCCUCGACACGGGAAGUUCGGACUUAUGGGUCUCUUUCCCUGGCACUCCUCCGACAACGACCGAUACGGGCAAGUCGAUCUCGCUAAAUUAUGCUGUCGGUUCUGCAUCUGGGACAAUCCACAAGGCGGAACUCAAGUUCGACAACUACACUGUGCCAGAUCAGGCCUUUCUCCAAGUCGCAGAUUCCAGCUCCUUUUCCACCAAUUCCGCCUUCAACGGUCUUGUCGGACUUGGUCCUAGUGACGGCUCAGCUAUACUCGACAAGAUUAAAGGCAACGCUGGCGAGACAAUGCUUAGUCGUAUCUUCCAGCAGAAUAAGACUUCUUCAAACUACAUUACUUUCCUUCUUGAUCGCAAGAAUGACCCUAGCGCGUCAUUUACUGGACAAUUUACUAUCGCAGAGACAGUGAAGGGACUGGAGAACAUCACCAGCCAGACGAAGUUGAACGUCGAAACUGUCCAUCGCCUGUUAGAUGAUCAACAGCACUGGCAAGCAAUCACCGACAAGGAUUCAGUCAUUGGACCUGACGGGACCACCCUUGCGAUUAAAUCUAUUGUGCCGAAAGCUCCCAAGGGCCAACUUGUUGCUGUCUUCGACUCUGGUUUUACCUUCAGUCAAGUACCGCGUGAACUCUCGGAUGCUAUCUAUGGACGUGUUCAAGGUGCUGUUUAUGACGCUAAAAAUGAAUGGUGGACUGUCCCAUGUGCCCAAGAACUCAAUGUAACCUUCCAUUUCGGAGGCGUCGCGUUUCCUAUGCACCCCCUUGACGUUGUUGAUGACAACUUCAAGAUUUUAGAUACGGCCGGGAAUCGUGUGUGCAUCGGGGCCUUCCAGCCGAUUACCAGUGCUUUCAGUUUGUUCGGCAAUUUCGAUAUGAUCAUGGGCAUGACUUUCUUGCGAAAUGCAUAUACCUUGAUGGAUUACGGUGAAUGGAUUGAACGCACAUCCAAUGACCGGGGCGAUCCCUUCAUGCAAUUACUUCCUCUUACGAACCGCGCGACCGCCCAUGCGGAUUUUGUCAAAGUUCGUCUCAACGGUGUGGACACGACUGGCUCUAGCCAGUUUGCUCUUUUGCCCGCUUCACAGCAGCAACACUCACCUGUCUCUGCUGAGGAGAAGAAGAAGAAAUACGAGGAGAUGAUCCUCAGUCGAUGGCCUUAUAUCGUCACAGGCUCUCUUGUUGGGUUUAUCUUGCUGGUCGGAUUCAUUAUCUGGCGGUGUUGCUGCAGGAAUCGGCGAGCGAAGAAGAAGGCCAGCGCUAAGGGCUUCUUUGAGCCUAAGAGCGAGACAUAUCUGCCGUUGCAAGUCCACGGACAGGGCUCUCCGCCAGCGACAUCAUCACCAUACCAGCACCACCAGCAAGAGUCGCAACAGAGCCUGAAUAGUCAGCAAGCUGCCUACAAUCACAACCCACAAUACUCCCAACAAAACUUUCACCAGCCCCCACCGAGUCAGUACUACCAGCAAGGGUAUCCACAGCAGGGAUAUCAGCAACAAGGGUACCAGCAGCAGCAGCAGGGCUAUGGGUAUGCCAGUUGA